AUGCCCUCACCACGCCCGAUAGCAUAUUUACCUCCCGAGCUGCUGCUAGUGGUAGCAGAAUACCUCCCACUGCGUGCCCUCUCUGCGAUGUCCCGGACAUGCCGCUACUACAACUCCGUUUGUGAUACUAUACUCACGGACUAUCUCUUCGAAUACAAAGAUAGCAUCGUCCACUGCGCAGCAAUCUCUAACCGCCCGCACAUCAUUUACCACUGCCUGAAGAAGGGCGUCAAUCUCGAUCAUUCUGAAGUUGGUGCGGACCUAUUCAGUGCUGUCGCGAAUUGGGGGUCCUCUGAGGUUUUGGGGCUUUUGCUGGACGUGGGGGCCGAUCCGAAUUGCGUCGAUUCUCGCGGCAAAACACCUCUAUAUUAUGCAGUGGCAUAUGGGCGGUUGGAGAUGGCGUCGAUGUUGGUGGAGAAGGGGGCAUAG